AUGCUGCCGCCGAUGGAUGGCGACGCAAUCUUGUACAGUGCAAAGAAGCCCUACAAGAUGAUCGGCGCCUACAUGAUGGGGGAGGUGAUUGGCGAGGGCACGCAGGGAAAGGUGCGCGAGGCGUUGCACUCCGAGACGUUGCAGCGCGUCGCCAUCAAGAUCAUCGCGCUGCGCUCGGUCCGCCGCACGCGUCUCGGUGAAGAGGCGCUCAAGGAGGAGAUCAAGAUCCACCGCAAGCUCAAGCACCGGCACGUAGUCGAGCUGCUCGGCGAGUUCCGGAGGCCGGAGAAGGACAAGUGGUACAUCGUCCUCGAGCUCGUGCCCGGCACGUCACUGCAGGACCUCGCCGACGAGGGCAGGGAGGCACUCUCGGGAGCCGCCCUCGAGUACUGCCACUCGCGCGGCGUGGUGCACCGCGACAUCAAGCCGCAAAACGCGCUGGUCUCUUCGGCGGGGGUGCUCAAGCUCUGCGAUUUCGGCGCCGCGGGAAGAGCCCUCUCGCGCGGCUCGCCGGCCUUCCAGCCGCCCGAAGUUGCGAACGGCUCCCGCUCCUUCUCGGGCUUCAAGGUGACGCAGUCGCCAGUGAGCCCACUCUUGCCAGUCAGCCCACUCAUGUCGGGCCCCCUCAGGCGGGUCCCCUUCGAGGGCUCCUCCCUCAUCCAGCUCUUCGAGCGCAUCGCCGUCGGCUCGUACGCCGAGACACCACAGCUCGCCGCGCGGCCGCAGCUGCAGAGCCUGCUGCGCAGCUUGCUCUGCGCUCUCGCCCACCCGUGGCUCUCGCCGGUGAGCUCUGGUGCGGCCGGAGCUGCAGGGGCGGGCGGCUCCGCCUGGGGCGAGACAGAGCACUCCCUCCUCCUCUCCCUCUCUGCCCGCGGCGCUCGCCCCGUCUCUGUCCUCCGUGCCAUCGCCCAAAAGUGA